AUGACAGAAGAAGCAUCAUUUCCAAAUUUGGAGGAUCUAAACGGUCAAGAAGGUGACAAAUUUCGUGUUGUGAAAGAUUUAUUCGCAGGUACAGUUGGUGGUAUUGCUCAAGUCUUAGUGGGUCAGCCGUUUGAUACUACAAAAGUGCGACUUCAAUCAGAUACAACUGGUCAAUAUAAGAGCACGGUUGAUGUCAUUAAGAAAUUAAUCAAAAAUGAAGGUAUGCUAGCCUUUUAUAAAGGUACUUUAACACCUCUUAUCGGUGUUGGUGCUUGUGUUUCAAUUCAAUUUAGUGUCAAUGAAUAUAUGAAAAGAAAUGUGUUUAGUGGAUCUGCACAUUUGAACAAUUCUCAAUAUUAUCUAUCUGGUGUUGCAAGUGGUUUGGCAAAUUCAGUGCUGGCUAGUCCAAUUGAACAUGUUCGUAUUAGGUUACAAACUCAAUUGACUGGUAAUUUGGGUCCUUUGGAUAUAAUCAAGAAAAUUUAUUCAAAUAAUGGUGUUUCAGGAUUGAUGAGAGGGUUAAUACCAACUGCAGUGAGAGAAGGUCAUGGUAUGGGGAUGUAUUUCUUGACUUUUGAAUAUCUUGUGAAAAGAGAUACUUUAAAGAAUAAGAUUCAAAGAAAAGAAAUUCCAGGUUGGAGAUUAUGUCUAUACGGUGCUGCCGCUGGUUAUGCAAUGUGGUUCACUGUUUAUCCUGCUGAUAUUGUGAAAUCAAGAUUACAAACUGAUAACUUGACAAACCCAGAAUAUAAAAGUUUGAAAGAUUGUAUUGGGAAAAUUUACAAGGCCAAUGGUGUUGGUGGAUUCUUUAAAGGCUUUGCUCCUACAAUAUUAAGAGCUGCUCCAGCUAAUGCUGCAACUUUCUAUGCAUUCGAACUAACCAUGAGACUAUUAGGUUAA